AUGCCUGGCAUCAAAGGAAGUAAGUGCAAGCCUGCAGUACGAAGGCUGAUUCUCUGGGUUUUAUUGACCACUGUUACGCUGGUACUGUACUGCUUGACAAACCCAACUCAAAUGAAGAUGAGGCUAUUUGUCUGAUAUUCAUCCAUAUCAUUUCUUUGCAGUGGCUCCCAAAAAGACACAUGUCCUCUCAACAUGGCAAGAUUAUUGAAGAAAAAGUCACUCUCUGAAGAGUGCUCCCCCAAAGGGAACAUCAUGUUCAUGAAGACCCAUAAAACAGCCAGUAGCACAAUACUCAACAUCCUCUUCAGGUUUGGAGAAAAGCACAAUCUUAAGUUUGCCUUCCCUGAUGGGCGCAACGACUUCUUCUACCCAUCUCCUUUCCUGUGCUCCCAGGUGAAGGAUUACAAGCCUGGCAAGUGUUUCAACAUUGUGUGCAACCACAUGCGCUUUGACCAUGAAGAAGUAGCCAAGCUUCUACCUCCAGAUGCUGUCUACGUCACCAUUUUACGUGACCCGGUGGAUCUCUUUGAGUCUUCCUUCCAUUACUACCACAGAGCAGUUCCUCUCACGUGGAGGAUCAAUGGCGAGAACAAGCUGGCAGAGUUUCUAAAAAAUCCUCAUUCCUUCUACAGUCCAGAGGCUUUCAACUCAUUCUAUCUUAAAAAUCUGCUCUUUUUUGACUUUGGUUUUGAUAACAACCUUGAGGCAGACGAUCCCCGUUUGAUGAGGUUUAUUCAUAACUUAUCCAAACGUUUUCAUCUGGUUCUCAUAGCAGAAUAUUUUGAGGAGUCUCUCAUCCUGCUCAAGGAUAUACUCUGUUGGACAAUGGAAGAUAUCCUGUAUUUUCAGCUUAAUGCUCGCAAGACCUCAUCAAUAUCUCGACUGACCCCUGAGUUGAGAGCCAAAGCUUUACAGUGGAAUGGAGCUGACUGGAGACUCUAUCAGUACUUUAAUGCUACCUUCUGGGCCAGAGUUGAAGCGUAUGGUAAAGAAAGAAUGAAACAGGAAGUAAAUGAACUGAGGAGAAGGAAUGCUGAAAUGAGGGCCAUCUGUAUCGAGGGAGGACAUGCGGUUGAAGCCCGAAAGAUUCAGGACAGACGUUUCCUGCCUUGGCAGCCAGUGGGAGAGUCCUCCAUCCUGGGGUACAACAUGAAGAGGGAUAUUGAUCCCAAAUUCAGGACAAUCUGUGAAAAAAUGCUCACACCUGAAAUAGAAUACUUAGCAGACCUGGGCGUAAGCCUGUGGCUUACUAGACUAUGGGGUUGGUUAAAAGAUGCUUUUACUGACUUCCUGACUUGA